AGUCUUGCACAGGUGUACCGGCUCCUCCUCUCCAGUCUUGCACAGGUGUACCGGCUCCUCCCCUCCAGUCUUGCACAGGUGUACCGGCUCCUCCCCUUCAGCCUUGCACAGGUUUAUCGGCUCCUCCCCUCCAGUCUUGCACAGGUGUACCUGCUCCUCCCCUUCUGUCUUGCACAGGUGUGCCGGCUCCUCCCCUUCAGUCUUGCACAGGUGUACCGGCUCCUCCCCUCCAGUCUUGCACAGGUGUGCCGGCUCCUCCCCUCCAGUCUUGCACAGGUGUGCCGGCUCCUCCCCUUCAGUCUUGCACAGGUGUCCCGGCUCCUCCCUUUCAGUCUUGCACAGGUGUCCCGGCUCCUCCCCUUCAGUCUUGCACAGGUGUACCGGCUCCUCCCCUUCAGUCUUGCACAGGUGUACCGGCUCCUCCCCCUCAGUCUUGCACAGGCGUACCGGCUCCUCCCCUUCAGUCUUGCACAGGGGUACGGCUCCUCCCCUUUAGUCUUGCACAGGUGUACUGGCUCCUCCCCUCCAGUCUUGCACAGGUGUACUGGCUCCUCCCCUUCAGUCUUGCACAGGUGU